GAGAGAAUACCCACAGAACGUUUGGAAGUCGCGUGCGGCUGUUCUAGUGUAACACAUCCUCGGGGGUAGCACACGGUCAGCGGUGUAACGGACUUUUUAUUUAAUUUUUUAAUUUUUUUUUUUUCGAAUCCCCUCAUAACACGCUGCUGUGAGCAACAUAAUAAUUCUCUCUCACACGUGGGCAAAGUACCACGCAAGACGUCGGUUGUGUUUCACUCGCAGCGUUUCCUCGGCUCCAACUCUUCUCGCCGUCAUAUUUUUCCCGUCAAGAGAUCCACGGGAAAAAUAUCCGAUUCACCCGAUCGACGAGCCCUUGUCGUCCACAAUCGCGAGGCCCAGAAAACGGAGUUUGAACGGUGUAGGUCCGAAUCAAAUGAUCGUUUCACUUAAAAAUGUUGGACGUCAAUAGGUCGACUCCCAUGCUUCCAACACCGAUCAGUUCAGAUCCGGACACGGAUCUCACCAGCUUAAACUGGCUGCACAGUUUGACAAAUAUUCUUUCGGUUCCAUCUUUGCCUACGCCUCCUGAUUCGCCAAACUCAUCCGCACGUUCUGCAGAUCAAAACCCCAAAAAACUUCCGCACAAAAUCCGCUUCCAGAUGAGUUUAGAAAGUGCCGAACAGUAUAAAAAAAACGGUGAUAAGAAACCGCCAUUCUCAUACUCUACACUGAUUUGCAUGGCUAUGAAAGCUAAAGGGAAUAAAGUCACAUUAAGUUCUAUCUACGGUUGGAUCAGAGAAAACUUUUUAUAUUAUCGAAACGCCGAUCCUAGCUGGAAGAACUCUAUCAGACACAAUUUGUCUUUAAAUAAAUUCUUUGUAAAAGUUCCUCGGUCUAAAGACGAACCGGGCAAAGGUGGAUUUUGGAAGUUUGAUGUUGACUGCCUAGAAGGCGGUGCUCGACGUAAACGUACAAGUAACCGGCGGCGGGCAAGUCGGACGCAACAGAAGAACAACGCGACCAAGGUGCCGGACGAGAUGACCGCGGAGGACGAGAAAGCGUUGGAGCUGGCCGUGGAGUCGCUGAAGGAGGAGCAGCGGUACAUGGACGGCCUAGACGGUUUCCACCAUCAGCCGAUGGUACUGCCUGUGGACGAGUCGUUGGGUGGCGAGCCCGAGUUGGUGUACAGCUGUUCGAUAAACGCGGCCACCGUGGACCCGUUCAUGUCUUCUGUCGUCGAUUACGCCGUGAUCGACGUGCCCAACGAUCACCAUCAGCAGCAAAUAGCCACGGACGAGGAGCUGACCAUGCUGACCAACUUGACGUGGGACGAUUCGCAAAUGGAUCUGCUCGACUCCCUGCUGGACUCGUUGUAGAGCGUCAUGCGUCGGGGGUGGGGGUGGGGGGCGCGUCGGGUCCGAUCAGCACUAUCCUUGUUACACGUUCCUCGUACCGAGGUUACCGUCAACGGACCCGAGUGUUUUCGAAGUGUCAAAGUGAAACUGUACUAGUCUUUUGUUUUAUAAUAGGUUAAAAUAUGAUUCGGUGUGACGUAGAACGCGAACGGUGCGAGGAGGUCGGAUGCGAUAAUCGGUUGUUCGGCCCCCGUCCCCCGGAGCUUCAUCUUACUUAGGAUUAUUAUACAAUAAUAUGAUAUACUUAUAAAUAUUUAUACAUAAUUAUACGUGUUUGUUUAGAA